UAAUUACAGACAUCAGAGCGCCGAGCGAUGCUUCCCACGAGACGCUUGAGGGAGACGACUCUAUGGACGUCUUUUCAUGGACGAAACGCGUAAAGAAGCGACGGUGCAGGCAGGCGCUCCGCUCCGGUGGCCACGGCUUUGAAUUGGGCACGUCUGACAUGAGGUGCGAGGAACUGGGGGACGAGGCCAGGCCGGUGCAGAUCGUGGUGGCGGACGAGGGGGAGCAUGCGUUCUCACUGCAGGAGGAGGUCCUGGAGAGGCUGCUCCUGCAGGAGGAGGUGCAGGACCUCCACGUGGUGGUGGUCUCUGUGGCGGGCGCGUUCCGCAAGGGCAAGUCCUUCCUGCUGGACUUCAUGCUGCGCUACAUGUAUAAACAGUCACCCGGGUCCUGGAUCGGCAGCGAUGACGAGCCUCUGACUGGCUUCAAAUGGCGAGGCGGCUGUGAGAGGGAGACCACGGGCAUCCUGGCCUGGAACAAGGUGUUUGUGGUGGAGAAACCAGAUGGUUCCAAGGUUGCCGUCCUGCUAAUCGACACCCAGGGUGCGUUCGACAGCCAGUCGACCAUCAAAGACUGUGCCACGCUCUUCGCCCUCAGCACCAUGACCAGCUCUUUGCAGGUGUACAAUCUGUCCCAGAACAUCCAGGAAGACGACCUCCAGCACCUGCAGCUCUUCACUGAGUAUGGACGACUCGCCAUGGAGGAGGUCUGCAAGAAGCCUUUUCAGACGCUGAUGUUUCUCAUUCGAGACUGGAGUUACCCCUAUGAGCAUCCGUAUGGCCUGGAGGGAGGGCGAGGCUUCCUGGAGAAACGGCUGCAUGUGAAGCAGAACCAACAUGAGGAGCUGCAGAAUGUCAGAAAACACAUCCACUCCUGCUUCUCCAACAUCAGCUGCUUCCUCCUGCCGCACCCCGGCCUCAAGGUGGCCACCAACCCUCACUUCGAUGGGCGGCUCAGAGACAUCGAUGAGGAUUUUCAGAAGGAGCUGGUAAAACUCGUGCCGACGCUGCUCUCUCCAGAAAACCUGGUGGAAAAGGAGAUUGGAGGAGUGAAGAUCACCUGUAGAGAACUUCUGCACUACUUCAAAGCCUACAUGAAGAUCUACCAGGGAGAGGAGCUUCCACACCCCAAGUCCAUGCUGCAGGCAACAGCAGAAGCCAAUAACCUUGCAGCUGUAGCAGGAGCCAAAGACUUGUACAACAAAAGCAUGGAGCAGAUCUGUGGAGGAGACAAAUCCUACAUUUCCCCGACGGAGCUGGAGCGGCGUCACACGGAGCUGCGACAGGCCUCGGUGCGGCACUUCCGCUCCGUGAAGAAGAUGGGCGGAGAGGAUUUCUGCCGGCGCUACCAGGAGCAGCUGGAGGUGGAGCUCGACGAGGCCUACACCAACUUCAGCAAGCACAACGACGGCAAGAACAUCUUCUACGCGGCGAGGACGCCCGCCACGCUGUUCGCCGUCAUGUUCGUCAUGUACGUGGCGUCGCUGGUCACCGGCUUCGUGGGCAUCAGCUCGGUGGCCACGCUGUGUAACCUGGUGAUGGGCGUGGCUCUGACGGCGCUCUGUGUCUGGGCCUACAUCAAAUACUCUGGGGAGUUCCGUGAAGUGGGCGGAGUCAUCGACCAGGUGGCUGAAACCCUCUGGGAGCAGAGGACUCCACGAAAGGUGUUCUCCAAACUCUUGGAGGUGGCUCGGAGCCGGGUCCCGCUGGGGGCCCUGAUCCCGGUUCCGCGACCUCGGCUGGCUACAAACAACAACAUCAAGAAGCGGAACUAGCUGCGCCUCACCUCAGCUCUCUUCUACUUCUUCACCUGUGCUCGGUUUGAAACAAUGUUUUAGACGGUUUGACUUGUAUAAAUCCGUUUUAGUUGCGACUGGACCGGCUGGUUCCUCACUGUAGACCUGGACACCCCCUUGGAUGUUUUUGAUGAUGUCCAUGGGAGGGACUAUCAGUGUGCUCACCUGUUCCCAUUAUGUGAAUGUAUGAAUGAAGCAUGACCACAGACCCUCGUGUUCCCUCCUCUCCCCUCCCCGCGUCGCUUUCUGUCGCUGGGCGGCGUCUCGAGGAGGACACGCGACCAAAGUUUACAGCUUUAUCAUCAUCACGGGCUCGGACCCAACGCGGGAAACGCUCACAAGGUUUCACUCAACGGACGCUUUGGUUUCAGGGAGAUUCAGUGUCUGUUUGUUUAGUCACUGGUGAUCGCGUCCAAAGCCAGCGAGGCUGUCGAACCUCACCCAAAAUGAUCAGACGAGUUAAAGUAGGUGAACAAGGAGAGAAAUCUCAUCCAGUGGACUGAGAUGAGUCCUCUCCAGUCACAGUAAAUCUAUUCACAAAAUCACCCACUGCUGGAUUUUAGGAGCAAAGUGUAAAUGGGUGGCAGCUACUAGCGACAUUCAGAGCUGAGCCAGAGCUGAUCAGCCUAAAAGACGUCAAGCCUACGUAAAUCCAGUUUCACCCCCUUCGGUUUUAAACCCGGACUCAUUCAGCUGCUCUGUAGAGAAAGCCCCAACAGAACACGUCGCCGUUUCUGAUUAUUUUUUGAAGCUUUGAGUCUGUGACUUCAAAGGCUCGGCUUCUGGCUGGUCAUUGCUGCUGAUCGGAGCUUUGUGCCGUUUUUAUUCCUGCUAGCUGACCUGGUGCUGGUGUGUCGGGUCCAAGCUUUUAAACCCUUCCCUUCGUUUAGCUCAGCUCAGACGUGUAGAUAAUAUUUAAGUGUUGUUCUUCCUGUUUUUAAAGCACCACAAGCUGUUUAUUAAAACACUAAAUCGCAUCAGUGUUUGCGUUUUUCAAGCCAAACGAGCGAACGGAUCAUUCCAAGCGUUUUCUCUGACUGAAUCGUGUUUUCAUUCCAUCCAUGACAUCACCAGUGUGCUUUUGGUUUGUACAGUUGAGUUUUUUUUACUGUCAUCCACACGUAGGGCAUGUGUAUGAAACUAUACAUAUAUAAAUAUAAAUUUUCUAGACCUUUUUGUAGGUGGAAGAACAAGAGUCGGGUGGUGGAGCAGGUUCAGCUCAGCGGAUGCUUUCGUGAUCUGUGGAUAUGUGUAAUAAAUCCCUUUUAUAUAUUCUAUAUUUGUAAAUUCAGCGUGAGCGCUGCGACUUCACCACUGCUGGGAACGAAUGUUUAUAAUCAGGAGGUUUUCUGCUUUCUCAGUUUCUUCUGUUACAUUGUAAAGUUAUUUACGUUAAUUUAUUUUUCAAUACAAUAUUAAACCAAGCUCGUCAGCACACACACA